AUGCUGCAUGCACUGUCCUUACUGCCCUUACUGCUCCUGCUGGCCACACCCACCCCCGCCCUCGCCUGGUCACGGCCCCUCUGGUACCAGGUGGGGCUGGACUUGCAGCCUUGGGGGUGCCAGCCAAACAGCCUGGAAGGAUGCGGGGGUGGCCUGGGCUGUCCUGGCCAUUGGAUGGGCCUGGGCAUGUCAGACCAUAUCUACCCCGUGGCUGGGGUCACUGUCACCACCACCAUGAUGCUGGUGAUCAGCCGAGCGAUGCUGCAGCGGCGGCGUUCACUGGCUGCCAAGAGUGAGCAUACACUGAUGACCACUGACCCCUGUGGACCCUGGAAGCGGCGGGCCCCAAUCUCAGACCGUGCACUACUCCUGGGGGUCCUGCACAUGAUGGAUGCCCUCCUGGUUCAUAUAGAGGGCCACCUUCAGCGUCUAGCCACCCAGCCACAUAUCCAAAUAAAGGGGUCUCCUGCCCAGAGUGGGUGA